AUGACAACGGCAAAAAUCCCCAUUAGAUGCAAACGCGAGGUCGAGGGAAAAGUCAUCCAACAAGUAGUGAGAUUUAGAUACCUCGGCAUAGAAAUCUCGGGAUAUGGAGAUAUCGAGGAGGAGGAGGAGGUGAGGGAACAAACAACAAAGGCAAUAAGAGUAGCAGGAUGUCUGAACGACACAAUAUCGCGCAACAAGAACAUCAGAACAGAAACAAAAGCUAGAAUAUACAAAACAACGAUCAGACCUAUUAUGACAUAUUGCGCAGAAACACGACCUGAUAGCGCAAAAAUUAAACGCCUAUUAGAGACGACAGAAAUGAAGAUACUCAGGAAGAUCAGGAAGAUCGCAAGAAAAACACUCCUGGACAAAGAAAGAAGCGAAAAAAUAAGAAGAACAUGCCAAACUGAGAAUACCAACGAAUGGGUGCUGGAGCGAAAAAAAAGAGUGGAAUGCACACAUAAGCAGAAUGAGCGUAGAUAG